AUGCGUGAGAUCGUGCACAUUCAGAUCGGCCAGUGUGGCAACCAGAUCGGAGCUAAGUUCUGGGAGGUGAUUGGCGAGGAACAUGGGAUCGACUCAGCUGGGAGCGACCGUGGGGCCUCAGCCCUGCAGCUGGAGAGAAUCAGUGUGUACUACAACGAAGCCUACGGUAAGAAAUAUGUGCCCCGAGCAGUCCUGGUGGACCUGGAACCUGGGACGAUGGACAGCAUCCGAUCUAGCAAAUUAGGAGCCCUCUUUCAACCAGACAGUUUUGUCUACGGUAACUCUGGGGCUGGCAACAACUGGGCCAAGGGCCACUACACCGAGGGGGCCGAGCUGCUGGAGCCGGUGCUGGAGCGGGUGCGGCAGGAGGGCGAGCGCUGCGACUGCCUGCAGGGCUUCCAGGUGGUGCACUCGCUGGGCGGGGGCACGGGCUCCGGGAUGGGCACGCUGCUCAUGAACAGGAUCAGGGAGGAGUACUCGGACCGCAUCGUGAACUCCUUCAGCGUCAUGCCGUCCCCCAAGGUGUCGGACACGGUGGUGGAGCCCUACAAUGCCGUCCUGUCCCUCCACCAGCUCACCGAGAACGCCGACGCCUGCUUCUGCAUCGACAACGAGGCCCUCUACGACAUCUGCUUCCGCACCCUCAAGCUAACGACGCCCGCCUACAGGGACCUCAACCACCUGGUGUCCCUGACCAUGAGCGGCGUCACCACCUCGCUGCGCUUCCCGGGCCAGCUCAACGCGGACCUGCGCAAGCUGGCGGUGAACAUGGUGCCCUUCCCGCGCCUGCACUUCUUCCUGCCCGGCUUCGCGCCGCUCACGGCCCACGGCAGCCAGCAGUACCGUGCCCUCUCGGUGGCCGAGCUCACCCAGCAGAUGUUCGAUGCCCGCAACACCAUGGCAGCCUGCGACCCGCGCCGCGGCCGGUACCUGACGGUGGCCUGCAUCUUCCGGGGGAAGAUGUCCACCAAGGAAGUGGACCAGCAGAUGCUGUCCGUGCAGACCAGGAACAGCAGCUGCUUCGUGGAGUGGAUUCCCAACAACGUCAAGGUGGCCGUCUGUGACAUCCCUCCCCGGGGGCUGAACAUGGCUGCCACCUUCCUAGGCAACAACACAGCCAUCCAGGAGCUCUUCAGCAGGGUGUCUGGGCACUUCUCCGCCAUGUUCAGAAGGAAGGCUUUCGUGCACUGGUACACGAGUGAAGGUAUGGACAUAAGUGAAUUCGGGGAAGCUGAAAGUAAUAUUCAUGACUUGGUAUCCGAGUACCAACAAUUCCAAGAUGCCAAAGCAGUUCUAGAGGAAAAUGACGAGGUCAUGGAGGGGGCAGAAGUGGAACCCGAAGAUAAGAAAUGCUAA